UUUAUUUUUAAAAUAUUCUUAAAAUUUCACAAAUUUCAGCUUCAGUAUUCCUAGAAAAUCUAUUCUUAUAUAUCUAAAAAAUAAGAGCGUAGCGUGGAAGGAGCCGGAAACUCAAACCUAUCUAUGUAUAGAGUAUAUUGUCUGUAUUUCGAGCAAAUCCGCCGGUCAGUUAUCUUUCGGAUGUGUUUGUUCAGGCUUUGAAGUUUGCUAUUCUUUCAUCCUAGAAGUCAGUUCCAUCUAAUGAAAUUUGUUUUGCUUUUUUUGAGGGUAACACUAAAUUGCAUAUCGUUUGCAGAACGGUAAAUUAGUUGAUAGUGCGUUUUUAAAAGAAACCUAGCCCAUCGGUUGGCUAGGAUUGCGACUUGAAAGCGAUGCUUCCUCGCGAUAUUGGACAACCCGGCAUAACCCGGAAUUGUCGGCGAAAUAAAUCAACGUCAGUGUGAUUCAAUAAAUAAUGCUCUCUGCCAGACUUGUGGAUUACACGUUAAUUUAUACCUCAAACUCGAUAUCGCAGCAAUCAGUGAUUUGCGAUCAGUAUAUGCCUGUGAGCUUUUAGCGUGAAAUUUAACGAGCUUUCAACUGAUCAAAACUUCAAACUGUUAUUGCACGAACUAAGUGACAGGAAACCGGUUGAAACUGUAAUAGAACAAACUCGAAACAAAACGACUGAGUCAUUGACAGUGUUUCCGUAAUCUCUAAUGAUAAUGCGGCAAGAUCAUAAAAUACUCUGGUAUUUGCUCGUUAAAUGAAAACGGAAACAUUACGGACUUUGCGCUGUUUACUUGCAAAAAUGGAUAACGAAGCUAUUCAAUUUCAGACGAUUAAUGGGGUUUAGAGAUUGGCUCGGACGUGGAAACCUAUCAAAGGCAGAGAUGACAGGCAAGUGUCAAUAUUCAAAAGCCCUCUUAACAAUGGUACCUAAAAGAUAGCACACAAAAUUUCUAUUAACAUCCCAGAUUUUGUGACUGAUUUUAAAAAAAGGCCAAGAUCCCAUCUCAGCAUGACGUUAUUGGACUUUGUGGAUAUGCCAUCGAGAGGAAAAAAGCGAAUUGAGAUUACUUCGUGUUUAUACAGCUGGCUUGGUGACAAGAAACCUUCUUGAUGUGGGACAGAAUUUGCAGCUGAGCCCUCUCCAAACCAAACAAGUUCAUUAGCCAAUGACAGGACGUCAUCCCUUGAGCGUAUAUUGCGCUGCCCCAAAACAUCAUUUAUUCCUGAUUUUCCGUUUCGCAACCAAUGAAAGGACGUAGAAACUGCGAAUUUAAUUUCGUUUGGAAGGAGCCCAAAAUAUCGCAUUUACUUCACACUAUCAAGAGCAGCCAGUUGGUAAUUCGAGUGUCUGGAAAGAGCAAAUUUACGACGUAACCGUGUCGGAUGGCGUCUAAGCUGUGAGCAUUUUCCGUUUCGCUUCGGAAUCAUGUUUGGCGGGCAAUGUUUAACCAAAGUUCUUUUACAUUAUAUUACGGUCGCGCUAUUCGCGGGAUGUUCAGCAUUAUACCCAGGUGUCUUCAACGCUUGUCCUCAGGGUUCAUGUAACAGUUCUCUUUCAAGUAACCUUUGCCCGGUGGUUAAUAACGCGUGUACAUGUGCCAAAAACAACAGUUCCGCCUGCGAUAGUCUGGAUCAGCAGGCGUUUGUGAACUUAACCGGGGCUACAAAUGAAAAUGCAUCGCAGUGGACCUGCUGUUUUUGUUCCCUUAACUCAAGCUACUGCUGUAACAAGUGCAACAACCCUACUCCUACCACAAGAGCUGCAGAUCCACUAAUUGAUCUACCAACCAGAUACUUCAGAAUAUUACUCGUGUUUGUACUAGAAUGCAAUCAGUUUUCAAACGACGAGGACAACUUAAAUGACUCGCUGAAACAAGGAAUAAACAGCCUAACCGGCUUGCCACUGGACCAAGUAACAGUAACAGAUACCAGCUGCGCUACUGGUCCGCGGCCUUACUGCGGGGUGGACGUGGACGGUAUCAGGGCUCAUCACCGCGCCAAGCGCUUGGCUGUAGGGGGUAGGAUGAAGGGAAAAUCUCAAACCAAACAGAACCCGAAAGACAACUCGUACGGCUCAUAUGAAUACCAAGGAAGUUCAAUUGAUGUAAUGUGUGACAGCUUGUCUGCAAACAUGACGGUGUCUGGAAAGAACGUCACACGCCUUGAAAUGUCUCUAGAGUUACUUCGCCAGCUACAACUUAACAAUUCGCUUGAUAUCCAAUUGUGGGAUGGGCGUGUCAUUUACUCCUCAUUCAUGCUAUCGGCGAUGGAUGGUACUUCAUAUAGUCUGCACAAAGCGACCACGCCCAAGUCUCUUUCCCCGACAACACCGGGUUUGCCUCCAUUAACGGUCGACAUAAAACCCCUGAUCUAUGCCGCAGCUGCCUUCGGAGGACUGAUAACCCUGUGCAUUCUGUGGAAGUUUAUUAAACAUUCCUGGCUUCUUUCGAGAAAGAAGUUCACGCCAAUCAACAGUGACCGCGUGGAUCACAAGAAAUCAGCUCAGCAGCUCACCAAGCAGCAAAAAAUCAUGCAAGCCAUGGAAGAAAACGACCGGACGCCACAUGCCAGUGGGAGCGCGUUCACAACCAGCGGCUUGCCUCGAAGUAAUAACGAGGCUACGAAAGAGCACCCCAACUGGUCGUCCCCAGGCUACCCAGCGAGGUCGCUGGAGCCGGCGUAUAAACCAACCGAGCUGCAUAACCAGCGGACUCCGCCAAGACUCAUUCUGGACGACGAUGGAUCUGAUCUUGAGGACAGACGGAGUAUCGACAGUGGAAGCAUAGUUAAUCUAGGAGACGACGAAAAUUUGAGCGACAUUUUGAACAGCGACGAUGAACGAGCGUUUCGGCCUUCUAGUGUGAGCUCGCAUUUCUCAAAAGGAAUUAAAAAUCCGGGUUUUAUUGAGGAGAUAAACAUGGACGAAACGGCUGGUGAGCCAUAUAAAAUGCGACGAAAGUCACAGUCCCCAAGUCUGGCUAAUGGCAGCGAAAAGCUUUCCGUCAACAUGAGUGAUGUCCCAGAAGAGAGAAAGGCAUCCAUUAUUUCUUCUGAUUUGAGCUUGGGUGAAGGGGAACGGACAGUUUUCCUGCCCGUGAAGAAAGAAAAGAAGAUCAAAAAGCAAGAGAAACCGAAAAAAAGCAAAACCACUUUGUUAUCCGCAAAUACUGACAAAAAUUUGAGGAGAGGGUCUGUAACGCCUGUAAACGAGGAUAACGGGACACGAGUAAACUCUGCGACACAAGCAAGGAGCCCUUGGAAAUCGCCUACGCUACAAGUUACUGAAGGAGAAAAGAGAAGAAAGUCAAUAACAAAUACAACUGAUAAUGACAGAAAAGUUAUCACGCCAAGAGAUACAUACGCGAAAGGAAAAAAGACCACGAAAGUGUCGACUUUAGAAAACGGAACAAAAUCGGUUGUGAAUGAAGAAUUGGAUGUAGGUAAAACUGGUGUUUCCGGAAAAGUCAAAAAUGGUCGAUCGAUAACACCUGCGAGUCCACAUCAAAGAAAAAACAUUUCCAUUGUUGCAAGUGGCGGAGACGACGAAGUCUCUGAGGGAAAACAAAAGAGGAUAACUGCAACCUCAGCUACGCCUUUCAACGAACGCAGAAAGUCGACAGUCGCCGAUGUGGAACAAAGAGAGAGUUCAAGAGGGAACGAAAGUAGGCUGAAAGAAAUGUCAACCUCACCCGCCAAUAAGCAAAAGAAUUCCACCGUUGCAGAUGAUGGCAAAAGGAAAAAGAAAAAGCAGAAAAAUGACAAAGAAAAGAAGAAGAAGAAAAAGACAGUUGAUUCGGAGGAUUCAUCCGAGGAGACAACGCCGCACAUUAUUGAGGACAUUACAGGACUGAAUGUCACACCGGCCUCACCUGGCACACAGCGAAGGCCCUCGGCAGUUUUACAAGAGAAAGAAACUAAAGUAAAGAAGAAAAAGAAAAGAAAGGACAGAGAGGGAAAGAAACGAAAGACAGAAGAUUCCGAGCUAUCUGGCGAAGAAGAAGCUGCCGAAGGCAAAACAAAGCAUUUAGAUGUAGAUGGCAUUGCUGUACCAGAUGUAGAAACGAAGCGACGUAAGUCAGUCGUUCCCGAUGAAACACAGAAAAAGAAAAAGAAGCAAAAUGAAGCGACGACAACGAGAAGGAAAUCUGAGAUUCCUACAGCUAAGCACAGGGAUCAAGACACCAAUGGUUUCGUCCACAGCGCAAAGAGUUUAAGAAUGGACUCGCUGACGGUUACACCGGAGGAAAAGCGCAGAAAGUCAAUCGUCAUUGAAGACAUAGAAAGCAAAUCCCAGACAAGCGACACUUCGUCUCGGAGAAAAUCAGUCAUUCCCGACAUACCCACCGAUUGGAAGAGGUCGGGCCCCGAUCAAAACAUCGCUCGUAUGCAACCAAACAGCAUUUCACCCAUCCCCACUGGAAACAAAUCACCACGUUUGAUUAUUAAGCCCUCUUACCAUAAGUAUUAAACAAAAGAUGCACGGGCCCUCUCCUCAAAGGGCCUUACAAAAUACCUUCUUGUAAGCGCCCUUAGAAAAUAACUCCCUUCCUUUCGCGCCCAUAACAAAUUUUUGACUAAUUCCUUCUAAUUUAAUCUCAAAGAAAUUGUUCAAAGCGCCAUGAAUGCUUAAAGUAAAAGACUUAACAUGUAGUUUUCAAUUUCGCAAAUUAAAGCUACAGGUUCUGAGAAUAUACAGUGAAGUGUGAAUUCAGCUUCCCAUGAAGGGUUAUCUCACAGGAAAACACUGGAUUCUCCCAAACUGUUGAAAUAAUGAUCGUCAGAAAUGAUAGCACGUUAAGUUUCACUUGAUGCAGGAGACGAAGAGAAAUGAAAGCCUGUGUUUACGACGAGGAAAGAGUGAGUGUUAAAUUGCGACUUAAAAAGUCGCAGUAUUAGAACAAAUCAAAAAGUCCGACAUCACAAUCUAUGCCAGAACCGAUGCCAGGCCACGAAACUCAACUAAAAGCGUCUCUUUAAAGUUCGAGGUUUAGAUAUUUCUAGUUUUGGGUUUAUAGCCCUUUUUUUGAGACGAGGAAAGACUGAUUGUUCAACUGCGACUUAAAAAGUUGCAGUAUUACAACAAAUCAAAAAGUUCGAUGUCAUUAUCUAUGUAAGAAGCGACGCCAGGCAAGGAAGCUUAAAUGUGUCUUUUUAAAUUUAGAGGUUUAGAUGUCUCUAGUUUUGAGUUUAUAGCGCUAGCAACAAAAAUGUUAAUAACAUGAAAUCUCUUGAUAAAACAGAGAUAGAAGAAUAAGACAAUGAGGAUCUGUAAAUAAAAUAAUUGUGCAAUAAUUUAAAAUAAACUACAGUUUCAACCAUCAGUUCUUAAAAGCACAUCCCCACCUUAACUCACACGACGUUAUAUUAACGCGUAAGAAUUUCUACAUAAAAAUAUCUAUCUGAUAACCAC